AUGCACUCAAAGUGCCUGCUUCUAGCCCACCACAAAAUCGAGUUGGUGCUGAUCAUCAACCUGAUCACACCCCAAACAGAUACCUUUGUAGUUGGACCGUUUGACAUCGUGGCCAAAAGCACAAUUAAGUACCUAGGGGUGAUGAUCGACGACGGACUCAGCUUCACGAGUCAUGUCAAUGUGGCAAUGGCCACGGCUGCACUCACAAUCCGCAGUAGCAAGAAGAGGAUACUGUCAAGCGUGACCUUGUCAAUCCUGCGGUACGGUGCGGCGGCCUGGAGGCAGGCCCUGGGAAGACAAUGGAACCUGCAGAGACUUAGCAGCAUUCAGCGGCUGAUGAACCUGCGGGUUAUCAGUACGUAA